CGCGGGCAGCUUGCUUCCGCCCGGCAGGUGACAGCCGUGGGGCUCCGAGCGGCCGGCGGUACAGACGCAUCGGGAAGCAGGAGGACGAGGCCGCAGACGUCUUGCUGCCGAGCCGAGCCGCCUGGAGCCGUUCCGACUUGAGGGUGAGGAAACUGGGAGUCCGGCAAGGCAGAAGAAGAGGGGCGGGGAGCCCGUGGUCCGAGACGCUGGCCCCAGAUAAAGGACCAAAAUGACUGACUCAAAAUAUUUCACCACGACCAAGAAAGGGGAGAUCUUCGAGCUGAAGGCAGAGCUCAACAGUGACAAGAAGGAGAAGAAGAAGGAGGCAGUGAAGAAAGUGAUUGCAUCGAUGACUGUGGGCAAAGAUGUCAGUGCCCUUUUCCCCGAUGUGGUGAACUGUAUGCAGACAGACAACCUGGAGCUGAAGAAGCUGGUGUACCUGUACUUGAUGAACUAUGCCAAGAGUCAGCCUGACAUGGCCAUCAUGGCUGUCAACACCUUUGUGAAGGACUGUGAGGACCCCAACCCCCUGAUCCGGGCUCUGGCUGUACGGACCAUGGGUUGCAUCCGCGUUGACAAGAUCACAGAGUACCUGUGCGAGCCGCUCCGGAAGUGCCUAAAGGAUGAGGACCCAUAUGUACGUAAAACAGCGGCUGUGUGUGUGGCCAAGCUCCACGACAUCAAUGCCCAGCUGGUAGAGGACCAGGGCUUCCUGGACACCCUUAAAGACCUCAUCUCUGACUCUAACCCCAUGGUGGUGGCAAAUGCAGUAGCUGCCCUCUCAGAGAUUGCUGAGUCUCAUCCCAGCAGCAACCUGCUGGACCUGAACCCACAGUCCAUUAACAAGCUGCUGACAGCCCUGAAUGAGUGCACCGAGUGGGGCCAGAUCUUCAUCCUGGAUUGCCUGGCCAACUAUACACCCAAGGACGACCGGGAGGCCCAGAGCAUCUGUGAGCGGGUCACCCCCAGGCUUUCCCAUGCAAACUCUGCGGUGGUGCUGUCUGCAGUGAAGGUGCUGAUGAAGUUCAUGGAGAUGCUGUCCAAGGACCUGGACUACUAUGGCACGUUGCUCAAAAAGCUGGCCCCGCCCCUGGUCACACUGCUAUCGGCCGAGCCCGAGCUGCAGUAUGUGGCUCUGCGCAACAUCAACCUCAUCGUGCAGAAAAGGCCAGAGAUCCUGAAGCACGAGAUGAAGGUCUUCUUCGUGAAGUACAAUGACCCCAUCUACGUGAAGCUGGAGAAGCUGGACAUUAUGAUCCGCCUGGCCUCCCAAGCCAACAUCGCCCAGGUGUUGGCAGAGCUGAAGGAGUAUGCGACAGAGGUGGAUGUGGACUUUGUACGGAAGGCUGUGCGAGCCAUCGGCCGCUGUGCCAUCAAGGUGGAGCAAUCUGCGGAGCGCUGUGUGAGCACUCUGCUGGACCUCAUCCAGACCAAGGUCAACUAUGUGGUCCAGGAAGCCAUCGUGGUCAUCAAGGACAUCUUCCGCAAGUACCCUAACAAGUACGAGAGCGUGAUCGCCACGCUGUGCGAGAACCUGGACUCGCUAGAUGAGCCUGAGGCCCGGGCUGCCAUGAUCUGGAUCGUGGGCGAGUAUGCUGAGCGGAUCGACAAUGCUGACGAGCUGCUGGAGAGCUUCCUUGAGGGCUUCCACGACGAGAGCACCCAGGUCCAGCUGCAGCUCCUGACGGCCAUUGUGAAACUCUUUCUGAAGAAGCCGACAGAGACCCAGGAGCUUGUGCAGCAGGUCCUCAGCUUGGCCACUCAGGACUCGGAUAACCCAGACCUGCGGGACCGUGGCUACAUCUACUGGCGCCUGCUCUCCACGGACCCCGUGGCUGCUAAGGAGGUGGUGUUGGCCGAGAAGCCGCUCAUCUCUGAAGAGACGGACCUCAUCGAGCCCACACUGCUGGACGAGCUUAUCUGCUACAUUGGCACCCUGGCCUCCGUCUACCACAAGCCACCCAGCGCCUUCGUGGAGGGUGGCCGGGGCAUCGUGCACAAGAGCCUGCCACCCCGUACUGCCUCGAGCGAGAGCACGGAAAGCCCUGAGACGGCCCCUGCUGGGGCACCCCCUGGUGAACAGCCGGAUGUCAUCCCUGCCCAGGGCGACCUGCUGGGUGACCUCCUCAACCUGGACCUCGGCCCCCCUGUGAGUGGCCCACCCCUGGCCACCUCGUCGGUGCAGAUGGGAGCUGUGGACCUCCUUGGCAGCGGCCUCGAUAGCCUGAUGGGGGAUGAGCCUGAAGGGAUUGGGGCCCCUAACUUUGUGGCACCCCCAGCAGCAGCAGUGCCAGCCAACCUGGGAGCAACCGUGGGCAGUGGCCUGAGUGACCUCUUUGACCUGACCAGUGGCGUGGGCACCCUGUCAGGAUCAUAUGUGGCCCCCAAAGCAGUCUGGCUCCCGGCCAUGAAGGCCAAGGGGUUGGAGAUCUCAGGCACCUUCACCCGCCAGGUGGGCUCCAUCUCCAUGGACCUGCAGCUGACCAACAAGGCCCUGCAGGUCAUGACCGACUUUGCCAUCCAGUUCAACCGCAACAGCUUUGGCCUGGCCCCUGCUGCCCCCCUCCAGGUGCACGCACCACUCAGCCCCAACCAGACCGUGGAGAGCUCCCUGCCUCUCAAUACAGUGGGCUCAGUCAUGAAGAUGGAGCCUCUGAACAACCUCCAGGUGGCUGUGAAGAACAACAUUGAUGUCUUCUACUUCAGCACUUUGUACCCAUUGCACAUCCUCUUUGUGGAAGAUGGAAAGAUGGACCGGCAGACGUUCCUGGCCACAUGGAAGGACAUUCCCAAUGAGAAUGAAGCCCAGUUCCAGAUCAGAGACUGCCCCCUCAAUGCAGAGGCUGUGAGCAGCCGACUGCAGAGCAGCAACAUCUUCACGGUUGCCAAGAGGAACGUGGAGGGCCAGGACAUGCUCUACCAGUCCCUGAAGCUGACCAACGGCAUCUGGGUGCUGGCGGAGCUGCGCAUCCAGCCAGGCAACCCUAGCCUCACGCUUUCCCUGAAGUGUCGAGCACCAGAGGUCUCCCAGCACGUGUACCAGGCCUAUGAGACCAUCCUCAAGAACUGAGGCCCAAUCCAGCACCCACCCCGGCCUUCUGCCAGCCCUGUCGGUAGCCCCCUGGGAGUGGCAGCACCUCCUUCCGGAGAGGCUGAGCAGGGCUCCUGGCCACCCACGGGGCUCCCUGGAUCCAACUGCAAGCGCCCACCUACGUCCUCAGGGCAGGGCAGCACCCCUCGUGGAGUGAAACCUCAGUUUAUUCCUGUGCCCAGGACUCCCCUCUUCUGUUGCUGCUGACAUGUAGGGUCAGGUGAGGAGGGAACCAAAGGAGACAGAAGCCGGACAGGGACACCCAGGGUUCUUCUCUUCCUUCCCUCAGUUCCUGAAGGGCGAGUGUGCCAUUCUCGCCUCAGGCUCCCAGCCCGGAAGCACCCCGCCCCUCGGUCUCUCUCGGGUUGGUGUAGAGGUCCUCCCCACCACCGGCUCUUGUGGGGUGGGCCCAGCCGGGCAUAUGGAAGGCCCCUUGGCACCAGGAGAGCUCCUCUGUCAGGGUCUGGGGCCCCCACGGCUGCGCCCUCACCUCCCCCUCUGCAUCUGCCCAGGCUGGGGCUUGCGGGGACGCCAGCCAGGCUGCAGCCUCCCAAGUGCUGGUGCCUAUGGGGAGAACCAGACCGAAGCUUCCAGAGUCCCUGCCUGGGCUCUGCCCCCCACCCCCACCCCCCGGCAGUGGCACACACCCUCCGCUCCUGCCCCUCCUGCCCCUGAGGAGGGUCGCUGCCUGUGUACAUUCCGCAGCGUGCCCUGGGCUCCUGAAGCAGUGGCCGGGCUGAGGGACGGGGCGUCGGGCAAGCCGGGGCUUCCUGUCUGGGGUUUCUCCUUAGGUCCACCACCCUGUUCCUGGCCCCCCGAGUUCGGUUGUGUCUGACAGCAUUAGGUUUUCCUGUUACUGCUGUUUAAUAAUAAAGAAGGAUUCUGCUUUUGGC